AAUGAUUUUAUUUCAAACAAAAAAGUAAAGCGAAAUCGCUUACUCUGCUUCGUUUCUACGCGCACGAAACCCUAGAAAUCCCCCGAUUCCCUUCUCCAGGUUUCCCCCACCUCCCCCUCGCAGGAGCCGCAACCCCCCAAUCGCCCAAGUCCGCCACCCGAGCCCGCGAAUUCUGCGCCUUUCUUCUACCCGUUCGGGCGGCCGUCCGGCGAGCGAUUAGGGAUGGUGUUCUACUUCAAGGCACGGCCCGAGGCAGGCGACUACACCAUCUUCAUGGGGCUCGACAAGCACGAGAACGAGGACCUCAUCAAGUACGGGUUCCCCGAGGACAUCUGGUUUCAUGUAGAUAAGAUGUCCUCUGCACAUGUGUAUUUGAGAUUGAAUAAAGGUCAGACAAUGGAUGACAUAAGUGAAGGUGUGCUGGAAGAUUGUGCCCAGCUUGUUAAAGCCAAUUCCAUUCAAGGUAAUAAGGUGAAUAACGUUGAUGUUGUUUAUACACCAUGGUACAAUCUGAAGAAGACACCAUCCAUGGAUGUUGGUCAAGUUGGCUUUCACAACUCUAAAUUGGUCCGCACUGUUCAAGUGGAAAAGCGGAUCAAUGAGGUUGUGAACCGGUUGAACAAGACAAAGGUGGAGCGGACGCCUGACUUGAAGGCUGAAAGAGAAGCUGUGAGUGCUGCUGAAAAGGCAGAAAGGAAGCUGCAGCUUAGAGACAAAAAACGUAGGGAAGAGAUGGAGAGGCUUGAGAAGGAGAAGCAGGCUGAAAUAAGAAGCUACAAGGGCCUGAUGGUGCAAGAUAAGAUGACUUCCAACAAACAGGUCGCUUCUGGUAGCAAGACCUUGCAAGAACUAGAAGAGGACUUCAUGUGAGGCAACAAUGCAAAGAAUUCAAUCAUACCGCAAGAGCUCUGUAAGAACUGCUGCUUCUGUCAAAGACAGGACAGGCUCCGCCAGCUUUCAAGACUCUUGACCUGAUGAUUCCAGGCGGGAUCUUGACCUGUUAUGCUUCGUACUGUAAUGGCCUCCGUAGAUCUGUUUGAUGUGUUGAGACAAAACAGCUAUCUGUGAUCUAACUGCAGCCGAUAUGUUGGUCGGUCAAUUAUCAACCUGAUGUGGUAAUAAAACUUAUUUUCAAUGAUUUCUCUCAA